UGCCGCUGCGCCGGGCGGGAGGCUGCGCGCGGAGCUGAGCUGAGACGCGGAGGGAUGGGGAGCGGGCCGCCCGGGCUGCAGGAGCCGCAGGAGCCGCGGGAGCACCGACGCUGGGCGUAGGCGGCGCGGGGCACUUUGAGAUAGGAUGAGGCUCCUGGCUGGCGCGCGGUAGUACUAUGAUUUGGUAUGUGGCCACUUUGAUAGCAAGUGUGAUCAGCGCCCGAGGUCUUGCGGCUCAAGGCGCCCACGGCCUGCGAGAGGAGCCCGAGUUUGUGACGGCGAGGGCCGGCGAGGGCGUGGUCCUGCGAUGCGACGUGGUCCACCCAGUGACAGGGCAGCCCCCGCCCUACGUCGUGGAGUGGUUCAAGUUCGGGGUGCCCAUCCCCAUCUUCAUCAAGUUUGGCUACUACCCACCCCACGUGGACCCUGAGUAUGCAGGCCGGGCGAGCCUCCACGACAAAGCUUCCCUGCGGCUGGAGCAGGUGCGCGCUGAGGACCAGGGCUGGUACGAGUGCAAGGUGCUCCUGCUGGACCAGCAGUACGACACCUUCCACAACGGCAGCUGGGUGCACCUCACCAUUCACGCUCCUCCCACCUUCACAGAAACACCCCCCCAGUACAUCGAGGCCAAGGAGGGUGGCAGUGUUACCAUGACCUGCACGGCUUUUGGGAACCCCAAGCCCAUUGUCACCUGGCUCAAGGAGGGGACGCUCCUGGGUGCUAGUGGCAAGUACCAGGUUAGUGACGGCAGCUUGACGGUGACAUCAGUCAGUCGGGAGGACAGAGGUGCCUACACCUGUCGUGCAUACAGCAUCCAGGGGGAGGCCGUUCAUACCACCCACCUGCUCGUCCAAGGGCCACCCUUCAUCGUCUCGCCUCCUGAGAACAUCACUGUCAACAUAUCACAGGAUGCUCUGCUCACCUGCCGGGCGGAGGCCUAUCCUGGCAACCUCACCUACACCUGGUACUGGCAGGAUGAGAACGUCUACUUCCAGAAUGACCUGAAGCUGAGGGUGCGGAUUCUGAUUGACGGGACCCUGAUCAUCUUCCGGGUGAAGCCAGAGGACGCGGGGAAGUACACAUGCGUCCCGAGCAACAGCCUGGGGCGCUCCCCCUCGGCCUCAGCAUACCUGACCGUGCAGUACCCAGCCCGUGUCCUCAACAUGCCCCCUGUGAUCUACGUGCCCGUGGGGAUUCACGGCUACAUCCGCUGCCCUGUGGACGCAGAGCCGCCAGCCACCGUGGUCAAGUGGAACAAGGACGGCCGCCCCCUGCAGGUUGAGAAGAACCUGGGCUGGACCCUGAUGGAGGACGGCUCCAUCCGAAUCGAGGAGGCCACAGAGGAGGCCCUUGGCACGUACACCUGUGUGCCUUACAACACCUUGGGGACCAUGGGCCAGUCUGCUCCCGCGAGGCUCGUCCUGAAGGACCCCCCGUAUUUCACGGUGCUACCAGGCUGGGAGUAUAGGCAAGAGGCUGGCCGGGAGCUGCUCAUCCCCUGCGCUGCCGCUGGGGACCCCUUCCCUGUCAUCACGUGGAGAAAGGUAGGGAAGCCCAGCAGAAGCAAGCACAAUGCCCUGCCCAGCGGGAGCCUGCAGUUCCGCGCCCUGAGUAAGGAGGACCACGGGGAGUGGGAGUGCAUCGCCACCAACGUGGUCACCAGCAUCACUGCCAGCACCCACCUGACUGUCAUCGGCACCAGCCCCCACGCCCCGGGCAGUGUCCGGGUCCAGGUCUCCAUGACAACUGCCAAUGUGUCCUGGGAGCCAGGCUAUGACGGAGGAUUUGAGCAGACAUUCUCAGUUUGGAUGAAGCGGGCACAGUUUGGGCCCCAUGACUGGCUGUCCCUGCCCGUGCCCCCAGGACCCAACUGGCUGCUGGUGGAUGUCCUGGAGCCUGAGACAGCAUACCAGUUCAGCGUCCUGGCCCAAAACAAGCUGGGAACGAGCGCCUUCAGUGAGGUGGUCACUGUGAACACUUUAGCAUUCCCUGUCACAACUCCAGAACCCCUGGUGCUGGUUACCCCACCGAGGUGCCUCACAGCCAACCGGACCCAGCAGGGCGUGCUCCUGUCUUGGCUCCCACCUGCCAAUCACAGCUUCCCCAUUGACCGCUACAUCAUGGAGUUCCGCAUCGGAGAACGCUGGGAGAUGCUAGAUGAUGCCAUCCCUGGCACUGACGGGGACUUCUUUGCCAAGGACUUGUCACAGGACACGUGGUACGAGUUCCGGGUCCUGGCCGUCAUGCAGGACCUGGUCAGCGAGCCCAGCAACAUCGCCGGCGUCUCCAGCACAGACAUCUUCCCGCAGCCGGACCUGACUGAUGAUGGGCUGGCUCGGCCGGUGUUGGCUGGAAUCGUGGCCACCAUCUGCUUCCUGGCCGCGGCCAUCCUGUUCAGCACGCUGGCUGCCUGCUUCGUCAAUAAGCAGCGCAAGCGGAAGCUCAAGCGCAAGAAAGAUCCUCCGCUCUCCAUCACGCACUGCAGGAAGAGCCUGGAGUCUCCCUUGUCCUCUGGUAAGGUCAGCCCCGAGAGUAUCCGCACACUCCGUGCCCCAUCAGAGUCCUCCGAUGACCAGGGCCAGCCGGCGGCCAAGAGGAUGCUGAGCCCUAUGCGUGAGAAGGAGCUGUCCUUGUACAAGAAGACCAAGAGGGCCAUCAGCAGCAAGAAGUAUAGUGUGGCCAAGGCGGAGGCUGAAGCGGAGGCCACCACACCCAUUGAGCUCAUUAGCAGGGGCCCCGAUGGCCGCUUCGUGAUGGAUCCCUCCGAGAUGGAGCCCUCUGCCAAGACCCGGCGCAUAGAGGGCUUCCCCUUUGCCGAGGAGACUGACAUGUACCCUGAGUUCCGCCAGUCAGACGAGGAGAAUGAGGACCCACUGGUGCCCACAUCUGUGGCCGCCCUCAAGUCCCAGCUGACUCCUCUGUCAUCCAGCCAGGAGUCCUACCUGCCACCACCAGCAUACAGCCCUCGGUUCCAGCCCCGUGGCCUAGAGGGCCCUGGCGGCCUGGAGGGCCGGCUCCAGGCCACCGGUCAAGCCAGGCCGCCGGCUCCCCGGCCCUUCCACCACAGCCAGUAUUACGGGUACCUCAGCAGCAGCAGCCCUGGGGAGGUGGAGCCGCCCCCCUUCUACAUGCCGGAGGUGGGCAGCCCCCUGAGCUCCGUCAUGUCCUCCCCACCCCUGCACGCCGAGGGGCCUUUUGGCCACCCCACCAUCCCUGAGGAGAACGGAGAGAAUGCUUCCAACAGCACGCUGCCCUUGACUCAGACACCCACCGGCGGGCGCUCCCCAGAGCCCUGGGGUCGGCCAGAGUUCCCCUUUGGGGGACUGGAGACCCCGGCCAUGAUGUUCCCCCACCAGCUGCACCCUUGUGACGUGGCGGAGAGUCUGCAGCCCGCGGCCGGCCUGCCCCGAGGACUGCCGCCCGCCUCCCUUCAGGUGCCUGCCGCCUACCCGGGCAUCCUGUCUUUGGAAGCACCCAAGGGCUGGGCUGGCAAGUCACCUGGCAGAGGCCCCGCCCCAGUGCCCACCACCGCCAAGUGGCAGGACAGGCCUGUGCAGCCUCUGGUGAGCCAAGGGCAGCUGAGACAUACCAGCCAAGGCAUGGGCAUACCCGUGUUGCCUUACCCCGAGCCAGCCGAGCCGGGGGCGCACGGCGGCCCCAGCACGCUGGGCCUGGACACCCGGUGGUACGAGCCCCAGCCCCGGCCGCGGCCCAGUCCCCGGCAGGCCAGGCGCGCCGAGCCCAGUUUACAUCAAGUGGUGCUACAGCCCUCCCGGCUCUCGCCUCUGACCCAAAGCCCCCUCAGCUCCCGCACCGGCUCCCCCGAGCUUGCCGCCCGGGCCCGGCCUCGUCCCGGCCUCUUGCAGCAGGCCGAGAUGUCGGAGAUCACCCUUCAGCCACCGGCCGCCGUCAGCUUCUCUCGCAAGUCCACGCCAUCCACGGGCUCCCCGUCCCAGAGCAGCCGCAGCGGCAGCCCCAGCUACCGGCCCACCAUGGGCUUCACCACUCUGGCCACAGGCUACCCCUCCCCUCCGCCGCCGCCGCCACCGCCGCCGCCGGGCCCUCCGGGGCCUGCGGACAACUUGGAUGUGUUUGGACAGACGCCUUCCCCUCGAAGGAUGGGGGAGGAGCUGCUCAGACCAGAGCCUCCCCCUCCACCGUUACCUACUUCAGGGACACAUCCACCUGCACCUGGGAAUGCUGCUGUACCUGAGAGGCUGGAGGCUCUGAAAUACCAACGGAUAAAGAAGCCCAAAAAGUCAUCCAAGGGCUCCUCGAAAUCAAAGAAACGAUCCGGUCCUGUGGCCCGACGAAGCUGUCUGCCUCCGGAGGAAGAAGAGACAUUCCCGGCCCGACCCCUUUGCCCGCCUCUCAGAUUUGUGCCACCGCCAGUUGCCGGAAGACCAGACGGCGAUUCUCAGCAGUGUGGAGCACGACGACCCUGGCCACGCCACUCUGCUGUGACGCUACCACUUAAAUGUGCCCCGAGUGAGGAUGCUGGCCAAGGGGCAAGGGCGGGAGAUGUGGGGCGAUGGGUGUGUGGGGCUUUGUCCUCCCCUGCUGGUGGAGGGGUGGCCUGGCUGUUGGUUUCCAGGGCUACUCAGACCCUGGUUCUGCUUGUUCUCCCUCUGGCCUGAGUGGGCGUCUCCUCUGCAUCCUGGUCUACUGGCUUUGUGUCCGGGACAGAGGGCUGGGGGCAGACUGGCUGCUGUGGGUAGAGCUCGGGAAGUGAACUGGGUAUGGGGGAGAUCUUCGCCCCCUACUCCCCUCUUCACUAGAUUGAUUUUUCCCACCUCCUCAAGUAUCUCUGGAGUAAAGAAGAAGAAGCAGUGGCCUUUUACUGCUUCGGUUUCAGUUUCUCAAGUCCUGGAAGAGGGCUGGACUUCCCAUCGUCUUCCAGACACUACAUAUAUAUAUAUAGAUAUAGAUGCAAAUGCAUAUGCGUGUAGUUUGUGGGUUUCUCUAUGUGUACAUACGUACGUGGAGGCAAAGUGCCGUUUCCU